GCGCGCUUGGCGGGGGGGGGGCGGCUCGGGGCUCGAGGCGAGAAGCGAGAGCGUGUCAGUUGUUCGGCGAGCCGCCGCCGCCGCCGCCGCUGUGUUUGUGUGAGGAAGAGAUAAUAAUAAAUAUAAGAGAUAAUAAUAAUUAUAUCGACAAAUACACCACCAAGCAGUGCUCAAUUAAAAAAAAAAAUAUAUAUAUAUAUAUUAAUUAAAAGAAAAAAGAGUUACAAUACCCCUCCGAGGGGUGGCACGUCGUAACGGAAGACCACUUGUACUGGUUUUGGAAUUAACCGACUAAACGCUUUUCUGUUUUAUUCUUAGACAAUAUUAGCACUGGAUAUUGUAUAUAUAUAUAUAUAUAUAUAUUUUCUUUUACUGUUUCUUUUGCUCAAAACCCCGAUACUGGACGCUGUGAAAAAAUUAACCCAACGGAAAAAAAAUAGAGGAUUUACUUGAAGACGUCGCUGUAUCCAAUUAUAUAUUUUUCCCGCCCUCUCUCACUUUCUACCGGAAACAAAACCGGGCAACGCAAAAAACACUGUAAAGAUAUAUAUAUUUUUUAAUUUAAAAAAAAAAAAAAAAUAAUAAUAAUAGUUCAUCUCUAUUUUCUAAUAGUUUUAGAAGUAAAAGUUGCACCCCAAGUUUACAGCUUGCUGUCAGGAUGUCCUGAGGGAGGAAAGGAGAGAGCGAGACAGUUGACUGGAGGAGGAGAAGGGGGGGUGUAGGCGACGAGAGAGACAGAGAGAGUGUGAAAGUGAGAGGGAGGAAGACUUUUCGAUGGCGACAGACGCAGGCGAACCAGCUGGCACCGAGGAACCGGAAAAAACUGAUGGAGUGAGUGUGGAGAAGAGGAGGGUGCCGGAGAGAGAGGGGGGCAGCGAGAGCAGCCCUGGGGGCAACAGGAACGGCGCUGAAGUGGGUAAAACUGCAGCCUUGGUCCUUCUGCCCUCCACUUGCAGUGCGCCGGUCCCUGCUUCAAGCCCUCCAUCUUCCCCGUCCCUGAGAAUAAAGCAGCCUGCCUCCCGCGGCGGGAUGGACGCCAGCGACGCCGUGGGAGCGGGGGUCUCCAAGUCCGGCUCCUCUAGUGGCGGGAGGGAGAACAACAAGCGUUUCUUCCGCAAGAGUGUGGAGCUGUGCGAGGAAGAGGAGGAGAGAGAAAUCGCUAAACGGGACGGCACUCUCACGGAGAGCUCCGACAGUGUGUUUGCCAACAGCCCCGGGGCCCCGCUGUCUUCAACGGCGCCUCCUGCAGCCCGCGACCCUCGGCAAACCGACAACUCCACCCCCGGUAAGGACCGACCGGCCAACACCACCGCCGCUGCUGCCAUCGCCGCCGCGGCCAGAGUGAGGACAGAGAAGGAGCUGGAGGAGGAGGCGGAGAUGAAGGCUGUGGCCACCUCGCCCGGGGGCCGCUUCCUCAAGUUCGACAUCGAGCUGGGCAGGGGAGCCUUCAAGACCGUCUACAAGGGGCUGGACACUGACACCUGGGUGGAGGUGGCCUGGUGCGAGCUGCAGGACCGGAAGCUGACUAAGAUGGAGCAGCAGCGUUUCAAGGAGGAGGCGGAGAUGUUGAAGGGGCUCCAGCACCCCAAUAUCGUGCGUUUCUACGAUUCCUGGGAGUCCUCUCUGAAGGGGAAGAAGUGCAUCGUCCUGGUAACCGAGCUCAUGACGUCCGGCACCCUCAAAACGUACCUGAAGCGCUUCAAGGUGAUGAAGCCCAAGGUCCUCCGAAGCUGGUGCAGGCAGAUCCUCAAGGGCCUUCACUUCCUGCACACGAGGACCCCUCCCAUCAUCCACCGGGACCUGAAGUGCGACAACAUUUUCAUCACCGGCCCCACGGGCUCCGUGAAGAUCGGCGACCUGGGACUGGCCACCCUCAUGAGGACGUCCUUCGCCAAGAGCGUGAUCGGCACCCCUGAGUUCAUGGCUCCAGAGAUGUACGAGGAGCACUAUGAUGAGUCUGUGGAUGUCUACGCCUUCGGCAUGUGUAUGCUGGAGAUGGCCACGUCGGAAUACCCCUACUCUGAGUGCCAGAACGCAGCCCAGAUCUACCGCAAGGUCACCAGCGGCAUCAAACCCGCCAGCUUCGAGAAGGUGAGCGACCCGGAGAUAAAGGAGAUCAUUGGAGGGUGCAUCCGGCAGAACAAAAGUGAGAGACUCUCUAUUAAGGACCUCCUGACCCACGCGUUCUUCGCCGAGGACACCGGGGUGCGCGUGGAGCUGGCGGAGGACGAUGACGGGGUGAAGGACUCCCUCGCCCUGCGGAUUUGGGUGGAGGACCCCAAGAAGCUGAAAGGGAAGCACAAAGACAACGAGGCCAUCGAGUUCAGCUACGACCUGGAGAAUGACCUGCCAGAGGGGGUGACACAGGAGAUGGUGAAAUCGGGCUUCUUCAACGAGAGCGACUCAAAGGUCGUCGCGAAGUCGAUCCGCGACCGGGUCACGCUGAUCAAGAAGUCCCGCGAGACGCGGCAGCUGCUGCGCGGCUACGAGGAGCGUCGCGACUCCCAGACCCCCUCGCUAGGGGGCAGCAUGUCCACCUGCUCCCAGCUCAGUGGCCUGCUGCCCUCCCUCAGCCAGCCUGCAGGGGGCAUGGCAACGGCUUCGGUGACCGGAGGGACCCUGGCAGACGAUGAGGAGCUCACUGAGGUGGACCAGCAUGUGAGGCAGCAGCAGCAGCAGCAGCAGCAACUGCAGCUUGGGCAGAGCUCCACUUUCACAGGUGACAGUGUCGGGGAGAGCUGUGCCGGUCCUACUGUGUUCUCGGACCCCGGCGCUGACCAGCUCCUCAGCGGACACCACCAGGUUCCCAGCAUGCAACAGGCUGACCCGGGACUGCAGAAGCCGUACCAGCAGUACCAGCAGGGUCACCAACCACACCAGCCACAGCCGGGCAGCUACCAGCAAGGCACUGCGAUGCCAGGGACUGGUUACCCUCAGCAGCAGAGCAUGCAACCUAUGCAGCAGCAACUACAGACACAGGGUUACACCCAGCUCCAGAGCCCUGUCAUCAACACACCCCCAGCAGGGCAGCUGGCACUUGGCAUCCCUGUUCAGCAGCACCUCGAUGCCUCCCAGCAGCCUCGCGGGACGGAGGGGCAGCCCCAAGCCCAGCUGCAAUCACAGACAGGGUCUGGCACGGUCCUGUUGGACUCUUCCACCGGCUCUGCCCCUGCUGCCUCCACCACAAACCCCGGGCCCAGCCUGAUGGCUGCCCCCCAGGCUCAGACACAGGCUUUCCAGACCGGAGUGUCCCCUCAGGCAGGGGGCCCUGGACAGACGACAACAGCUGUCGUGGAUCCGAGCGAUUCUGCUUGGGUUAUACCACAACAAAGUGUCCAGCAGCCACAGCAGCCACAGCAUCAAGCUCCAACAGCACAGGUAGCCCAGCACCAAUCCGACUCCUUGCAGAUUCAGCAGGCUUUAAUGCAGCAGCAGCAGCAGCAGGCUUUCUUGUCUCAGCAGCCGUCGCAUUUGCAGUUGCAUGGAGGUUUGACCGAGUCGCAAGUGCAGCAGCAGAAGCACUUAAUGCAACAGCAGCAAAUGGAACAACAGGCCUUCCUGUCGCAGCAGCAGCAGCAGCAGCAAAUAAUUCCCGGGCCACCUCCAGCUCAGAAACACCCUUCUGUGGUUCAGGACUCCUUGCAGCUUCAACAGGCCUUAAUGCAGCAACAGAUCGAGCAGCAGCAGGCUUUCUUGUCUCGGCAACAGCAGUUGCAGUUGCAUGGAGGAGUGACUGAGUCGCAAAUGCAGGCACAUUCAAUGCAGCAGCAGCAGCAGCAGCAGCACUUAAUGCAACAGCAGAUGGAUCCCCAGGCUUUCCUAUCGCAGCAGCCAGGACAGCAAGCCGCGUCGACGGGGCACGCCACACAGUUGCAGGCAGAGCAGCAUUAUUUACUACAGCAGGCGCAGCUCGGCUACCAGCAGCAGCAGCCUGUGCACACCCUGCAACCGCAUCAAGAACAGCUACAAAGACAACAGUCAGCGGCGCAAAUGCAGCUGCAGUCGCAACAGCACCAGGCAACAGGCGCGCAGGCACCGGCACAGCAAGCCACGCCAGCUGCGGUUCAGCAGGGCCACUUACCAGCGGCUGGACUGACCCAGCAGAAACAGCAGCAGCAAGUCGCACAGCAACCACAGCGGCAGGACCUGUUACUGCAGCAGCAGCGACAGGCUCAGUUGCAGCAGCAGCAGCAGCAGCAGCAGCAGGACCUGAUCAAACAGCAUCAGCAGGAACAGGCUCAAUUACAGCAGCAGCAGCAGGAACAGUUACAGUGUCAGCAGCAGCAGCAGCAGCAGCAGCAAGCUGUUCACGUUCAACAGGACCUGUUGCUACAGCAACGGCAGCAGGCUCAGUUACAGGCUCAGCAGCCACCGGUUCAGCUGCAACAGCCCAGUCAAGUUGAACAGGAUCUGUUGCAGCAGCAGCAGCAGCAGGCUCUGUUACAGCAGCAGUUACAGGCUCAGCAGCAACAACAGUUAUUACAGCAGCAAACCCAGCCACAGCCGGUUCAAGUUCAGCAGGACCUGUUACUGCAGCAGCAACAGGCUCAGAUACAACAGCAGCAGCAACAGGCUCAGUUACAACAGCAGUUAGAGGCUCAGCAGCAACAGGCUCAGCUACAGCAGCAGUUAGAGGCUCAGCAGCAGCAGGCUCUGUUACAACAGCAGUUAGAGGCUCAGCAGCAGCAGGCUCUGUUACAACAGCAGUUAGAGGCUCAGCAGCAGCAGGCUCUGUUACAGGAGCAGCAGCAGCAACAGGCUCUGUUACAAUCUCAGCAACCACAGGUUCAACUGCAGCAGCCUCAGCUACAACAGCCGCCAGAUCAAGUUCAACAGGAUCAGUUGCUACAGCAGCAGCAGCAGGCUCUGUUACAGCAAGAGUUACAGGCUCAACAACAGCAACGACAACAGCCACAGCCGGUUCAAGUUCAGCAGGACCAGUUAGAGGCUCAGCAACAGCAAGCUCAAUUACUACAGCAGCAGCAGCAGCAGCAGCCUGCCCCUGUCCCUCACCAAUGCCACAUUCAGCUACAGCAUCCCGUGACUGUCCCUCUGUACAGCCAAGUUGUGUCAGGGUUCCCCGCACAGUCCAUGCCAACGGCUGCAGCAGCUCAGCCCUGCCUGGGCAACGCAGCAGCCCGACCACCCCAGCAGCAGGCACCUGAGAGCCAGCAGUCGGGCGCUCAGGAUUAUUCCUGUGCCAGUUCCGGCGCUCCCCCUGUUUUCCAGAGUGCUGAGCCACCGCCACCCCUCCCCAGCCCCUCUCGCUCUCACCUCAUCCUGCCCGCUUCCGACCCAGGGGGUGGCUGCGAGGCUGCGCCGGGACAGUCUUCUCAGCGGCAGUCUGUGGAUCAACAGGAGCCCCCCGUCCCCGCCCCCACGCCCGCUCCCAGCGCUUGCCUCCUCCCUCAACCCACUGCUGGAGCCACCCCCGCAGAUAUCGCCCGAGUCGAGGAGCUGCAGGUGAAGUCUCAGCACACAGGAGGAGAAAGCUUUGAGCAGUCGGUGCAAAAACAAGACUCUGCCCUCGGAGGCCCUCUGGAUGUGCAGAGCGCUGCGACGGUGGAGGAGGGGGCUGGGGGGAACGGCAAGCAAGACAAACCCAAACCACAGAGGAGAACGUCCUGCCAGAGAGCGGACAAGAACACCCGCUUCCAACUCACCAUGCUGCAGGUCUCCUCGAGUGGAGACAACAUGGUGGAGUGCCAGCUGGAGACCCACAAUAACAAGAUGGUGACCUUCAAGUUUGACACGGACGGAGACGCGCCCGAGGACAUUGCAGAGUACAUGGUGGAAGAGGACUUUGUGCUGGACCUGGAGAAGGAGAAGUUUGUGGAGGAGCUGCGCUGCAUCGUGGGUCAAGCCCUGGAGAUCCUGCAGACCGGAUCGAUGGAGCAGCUUCAGAUCAACCCACCUCCCCCUCCUCCAUUGGAUUCCUCCCAGUCCUCCCCAGUAGGUCGCUGGCGGUUCUUCAUCAACCAGACCAUCAGACACCGCGAGUCCCAGUCUGGCCAGGGUGCCCCCAUGACCCCUGCUGGAGACUCUGCAGAACUGCAGCCUGGAGAUGAUGACACUGCUGCAGCUGAAGAGGGCUGGCAGACAGCCGCGCAGCCUCUACCUGGCUCUGCACUGCUCCCAGACCCCUCUGCUUCCACGAACGCCGUGCCGUGCGGGAUCUUGCAGGCUGAGGUGGGGGGUCCCCAAACCCGCGCCUCCGCGGUCGAAGGAGAGGAACCAACUACCACAACAGCAGCGCCUCAACAAAGCACCGCAGAAGAAUGCACCGCGAUCCCAGAGGAGCCCUCCUCCGCGCCCGAACGAGAAGAUUCGGAGCUGGACCAGGGUCCCGUUCUCGCCCGCAGUGCCACCCCAGAGCCUUGCGUUCAGCACCUCGCCCUGACCACUCUGUCCCCCGUGGAACCCCUGGGGCCCCCCCAGAACCAGGGCGGGACCCCAGCCUCCAACCCCAGCCCGGCCCAGCCCUCCUCGGUGCCGGAGUCGGACGGGGAGGGCCCCCCGAAGAUGGAUUUCGUGGACAACCGCAUCAAGACUCUGGACGAGAAGCUGCGGACCCUGCUGUACCCGGAGCACAGCGGGACAGGGGCCCCCGCCGGCCCUGUGGCCCCCCUGACCGCCUCGGAGGAGGGCCCUGGGGGGGGGGAGGAGGCCGCCGCAGGAUUGGAGACCCCCCCGGACUCGAAGCCUUCCUCCUCCUCCUCCUCCUCCUCCUCCUCCUCUUCCUCUUCCAGGUCAUCCUCCUGCUCGGAUCUCACCGCGAUCACCGCCAGUCAGGGGUCAGAGUUCACCGAGGUCACGCAGUUGUCCGGGGACAGGGACGGGGGGGCAGUUCUUCAGGUUCCUGCCCCCGCGGGGAGGGAAGGGGUAGGUCUCGCUUGCCCCUCCCAGCCUGCGGUGAAUCAGCUGCCCCCUCCCUGCUCUUUCUCCUGCCCACUCUUUGGUCGAGACGGCCCCUCUGCAGCGGUCCGGGCUCUGCCCGUUGAGCCGGCCGUGCUUGCGAUCCUCCCCCACUCUGAAGCCUCUUCCCCUGCAGACCCAGGGCAGGGAGCCCUCCGAGCCGGAGCUCACAAGCUGCAAGCAGGAGGUGGAUAUUUUGGUCUAAGCUUUACUUGUCCUAGUCUCAGAAACGCUGUUAGCAAGAAAUCGUGGACUCGCAAAUUGAAAAGCUGGGCGUUCAGGCUCCGGCACUCAAGCAGCCUUUUCAAGAGGUCAAGAGUCUGUCAAGAGGGCAGUUUGAGCCACACUGGUGAACUCUUUGAAUCCACUUCCACUGUGGAGCGCAGUGAGGGGCCCGACACUGACCCCAGCCAGACCAGCGAGGGGCCGCAGCAGAGGGGCCGCUUCCAGGUCACGACUGUGCUACAAGAAACCACACCCACUCCCCCAAGAUCUGCAGAUGGGGGGUCCCCCGAACAGAAUGGGGGUUCGGAGGAGACUGGGGGGUCCCUUGAAUUCACCGGGGACUCACAGGAGCAGGAGAAGACAGUGGGCCGGUUCUCAGUGAGGCGAGCCCUGGGACCACAGCAGCAGAACCCGGGUCCCGGGGAAACAGACAGCUCCUCCGUCACCCCAGAGCGUGACUCCGAGUCCAGAUCCCCCUCCUCAUCCUCCUCCUCCUCCUCCUCCUCCUCCUCGCAGUCAGAGGGCUGGGCCAGCCCAGCGCAGCCCAGCACAGACCGGGGGAGCCCCCCCAGGGCCUGCCCCCCCCAGCAGGAGCAGGGGACCCCGAGGCUGCCCUCCUCCUCCUCACCCCCCUUCAGCAGCGACGAGGAAUCUGAGGAUCUGAGGAGGGAGCUCCACACACUCAGAGAGAAGCACAUCCAGGAGGUUGUGACUCUCCAAGCCCAGCAGAACCGGGAGCUGCAGCAGCUGUACGUGCAGCUCCGCCAGCUGAAGGGGUGCAAGGACCCCCCGGCACCCCACGGGCUGCCCUCGCAGUGCCCGUCUCCUCGCCGGCCUCGCUCCGCCAAGACGAAGCUACGCAGCCGCCCCCAGUCCCUCACGCAGAACGAAAACGGGCUGCUCAACAUGGGUGUUCAGCCGAUCUGCUGUCUCUCUGCUCCCUCCCCCUGCCUGCUCACCCACUCCUCCUCCUCCUCCUCCCUCUUUGAUUCCCACAUGAACGUCCAGGAGCCCCUGCAGAGUCACAGCUGCCAGCAGGGAGUCACAGAGCAAGGUCCUGUGAUGUGCAGCAAUGCCAACGCCUGCCAGCAGGGCUCAGCCAAUAAGAAGGGCACGUUCACGGAUGAGCUGCACAAGCUGGUUGAUGAUUGGACGAAGGAGACGGUGGGCACCGCCCACACGAAGCCCAGCCUGAACCAGAUCAAGCAGAUUCAACAGAAGCAGGAGAUCGGUACCUGGAGCAAUCCUCCCGAGGGGUCUCCAGCUGGGUGGUUCUCAUCUGUGACCCCACUCCACAGCGGGACGAUUCCAGUCCCAGUCCCUUCCAUCCCAGUCCAGACUGGUACCUCCCCAUCCUCUUCUUCCUCCUCCUCCUCCUCAACACCCUGCUCCUUCGCAGCAGCCCCUCAUGCUGGGGGUCCGGGGGGCCCUGUACCCUUGUACCCAGCUCCGCACCCCUGUACCUACAGCACAGGAAGUAGCGGCUACCCAGCACAGCCCUGGACAGGAAGCUCAGCUGUCUCUCCCAUACAGAGCCAGCAGCAGCAGCAGCAGCAACUGCCUGCCAGCCAGCUCCCCUCCACUGGGAACGGGAUACAAGCCAGGGUACAGCCGGGACCGAAAUAGGGGAGAGGGCAGGGGAGAGGGGAGAGGGCAGGA